AUAUUGUAUUGUUCUUCUUUCUUCUUUCAGUUUCUCAGUUUCUUUCGCUCUCCAAUCUCCAUUUUCACUUCAAAAAAAAAAAUUUUUUCCCUCUUGAAACUAUCGAUCUCCUUGAGCCCUCAGCCUUUCCGUAAUGGCUGUCUGUCUGAGAACAUCAAGAGCCAUUAUCAAUUGUCUCCAAUCUAAAGUAGGUUUGCUGAGCAUGAUCAGCCAAAGUUCUUGCUGGAGUUCUUUAACCCAUCAUUGUGAACCUACAUUUUCUUCUCUGAGAGCUCAAAAUGUCAGAGACCCAGAUGCAAAUUUCUGUGAUAAAGCAACGCUUUACUCCUCUCGCCGUUUCGAAUCAGUCAAAGCCGAAAAACAGUUCAAUUCUCCUGAUGAAGUUGAUCAUUAUCAGCAAGUGCAAAUUGGCGCGGCAGAUAUUGAGCAGAUCUUAGAUUUCCCUGGAGGAAAGGUUGCAUUUACUUCUGAGAUGAGGUUCAUAUCUGAAUCCCCUGUUGAGCGGGCACACUGUUACCGGGUCCUUGACAAUGAUGGGCAGCUGAUUCUCCGCAGCAAAUUUAAGAAAGUCAGUGAGGAAAUGGCUAUAAAAAUGUACAGUGACAUGGUUACUCUGCAAACCAUGGAUGCUUUUUUCUAUGAGGCACAACGGCAAGGAAGAAUUUCAUUUUAUGCCACCACAAUUGGAGAAGAGGCCAUUAACAUUGCAUCGGCAGCAGCUCUUACCUUUGAUGACCUUGUCUUCCCACAGUAUAGGGAACCUGGGGUCCUAUUGUGGCGUGGUUUCACUCUGAAGGAAUUUGCAAACCAGUGUUUUGGAAACAAAGCUGAUAAUGGAAAAGGGAGGCAGAUGCCCAUCCAUUAUGGGUCUAACAAGCACAAUUACUUCACUGUGGCAGCAACAAUUGCUACUCAACUUCCCCAUGCAGUCGGUGCUGCAUAUUCAUUGAAGAUGGACAGAAGAAAUGCAUGCGUAAUUACUUACUUUGGUGAUGGCGGCACCAGUGAGGGAGAUUUCCAUGCUGCUCUGAAUCUCGCGGCAGUUAGGGAGGUCCCGGUUAUAUUUCUUUGUCGGAACAAUGGCUGGGCAAUUAGUACCCCUACUACAGAUCAGUUUCGAAGCGAUGGUGUUGUCGUUAAAGGCCGUGGUUAUGGGAUUCGAAGUAUUCGCGUGGAUGGUAAUGAUGCUCUAGCAAUUUAUAGUUCAGUUCAUGCUGCUCGUGAAAUGGCAAUCAGUGAACAAAGACCAAUCUUGAUUGAGGCGCUUACAUAUCGUGUGGGUCAUCACUCCACUUCUGAUGAUUCCACCAAGUACCGCCCAGUUGAUGAGAUUGAAUGGUGGAGAUCGGCACGAGAUCCUGUAGCUAGAUUUAGAAAAUGGAUUGAGAGCAAUGGUUGGUGGUGCAGUGAAGCUGAGUCUGAGCUAAGAAACAAUGUGAAAACACAGCUAUUGCAGGCAAUUCAAGAGGCGGAAAAAGUUGAGAAAUCUCCACUUGCCGAGCUUUUCACAGACGUAUAUGAUGUUCCCCCCCUAAAUCUUAGUGAGCAGGAGAAACUGUUACGAGAGACCAUCAGACGACACCCACAGGAUUACCCACAAGAUGUUCCUAUUUAGAUUAAUCGAAAUAUGCACAGAUAUGCUGCUAAAUCCAUUCGUGAAAGUUUGGAUUUGUUUCUUGCAUCUGCUAUUCUAUUACAGGAAAGGUAGUGAAACCAUAUGGGAUGGUUUGCGAUCCAACUUACUCUGGUCCUUGCCUUGGUGUAUAUUUGUCGUUGUGUGCCCAUUUUUAUUCUCAAAUUCCAGCUAACGCAAACGUUACUCUUGACAUUGAUGAAAUAAUGAUACGUUAUUUAUUUUAGUUAAA